AUGGUCGAUCACAACGAGAAAAUACUGCAGGAGCUACUAAAGAAACCGGGGAAUAAUGUGUGUGCCGAUUGUGGAGCCGGGGAUCCCGAUUGGGCAUCGUACAACCUCGGCAUAUUCAUAUGCAUGCGAUGUGCAAGCAUACACCGUGGCAUGGGUGCGCAUAUAAGCAAAGUGAAGCAUUUGGAACUUGACAGGUGGGAGGAUUCCCAAGUACAGCGUAUGAAGGAAGUGGGGAACACAGCCGCGAAACAUAAGUAUGAGGAGAGGGUACCGCCAUGUUACAGACGACCUACAAAGAAUGAUCCACAAGUUCUCAUAGAACAGUGGAUUCGCGCCAAAUAUGAACGCGAAGAAUUUUGCCACCCAGAACGACAGAGCUACCUCUCCGGUUCCAUGGAAGGUUUUCUGAUGAAGCGCGGGAAAGAAGACAGCAGAUACCAGCUCAGGAAGUUCGUUCUUAAUGAAAACGAGGACACGUUGAAGUAUCAGCACCCGUCGGACACUUGCGGUGCAUCGGGUUGUCUCGGACGUAUUUACGAUCGGCUUCGUCUCAAAAACUAUCGUUUGAGGUACCACGUGAAAGAACACAAGGAGCCAAAAGGUAUUCUGAAACUGUCAGAACUGAACGUGUCUUUCGCGCCAGCCAAGAUCGGGCACAUGAAUUCAAUGCAGCUUACUUUUAUCAAGGAUGGGUCUACACGUCAUAUAUUCGUCUACCACGAAGACCCUGAAGUUAUCAAUUGCUGGUAUACAGCAAUCCGCUGUGCGAAGCUCCAUCUCUUGCAAGUAGCGUUCCCAUCUACACCACAAUCGGACCUACUCCUGCGACUUCCAAAAGACUUCGCUAGGGAGGGUUGGCUUUGGAAGACGGGACCCAGAGCGUCCGACGUGCACAGGCGACGAUGGUUCACAUUGGAUAAUAGGAAACUCAUGUAUCAUGAUGAACCACUAGAUGCAUAUCCGAAGGGAGAGAUUUUUAUUGGCCACGAAUCUACUGGUUACCACAUAAAGGUAUCCAACACAGGCAACGGUUGCAAAGAGGCGCGGUUUCCCUUCCACCUGGUGACACCAGAACGGACUUUCUGCUUGGCAGCUGCGACACACGAGGACCGAGCUGGUUGGCUAUCGGUCAUACAGCAGACUCUUAAAAGACCACUUACACCACAGGACUCUACAAUUGAAGCAACACUCGUCAGAAAACGAACAACGUCAAACUCCAUCAGCAUAUUCUCGGGAAGGUGGGACUGUUUCCUGAAUACACCAAUGACAAGCUAA